AUUCAAGAUCACAACCGAGUUCAUGCGGCCGAUGUUCUUCACGGUUGCUACUACCUCACCUGUCAUCCGGUACGGCCGCUUAUCGGGCCUGCGACAUCACCGGAUUCGCUUCUACCCCCACCGCUUCCUCCGGCUGCACCAAUUUCUUCUAGUAUGAGCACACUUGAAUUGAUGGCACUAUACACAGCAGCUGCUAUGCACGAUUAUGAUCACCCUGGACGAACGAACGCAUUUCUCGUCGCAGCGGAAGACAAAAAAGCGAUUCUAUAUAAUGAUCGCUCGGUAUUGGAGAAUCAUCACGCUGCUGAAAGUUGGAGGUUGCUACAACUGAAGGAGAACAACUUUAUUGAGACCCUGGACUCUGCGGAAACGAAACGGUUUCGUUAUCUUGUAUUGGAGUACAUUCUUGCAACAGAUCUCAAGCAACAUUUUGAGAUUAUAAUGACAUUCAACGAGAAGAGCAGUGAAAUGGAGCUUCUUAAUGAAUCGGAUCGGCUUCUUAUGGCAAAGAUGAUUAUUAAAAUGGCAGAUAUCAACAGUCCGACAAAGCCUUAUGGCUUACACAGGCAAUGGACUGAGCGGAUUUGCCAAGAAUUCUAUGAACAGGUUGGACAUUUU